UAUACGAACUCCGCUUCACUUGUGUUUUUUUCUAAUUUUACUGUCACCUAACAGAUAAUUUAGUGCAUAUUUUGUAUGCAACAGUUAUUUUGACUCAAUAUUGUGCUUUAUUAUGAACCAAUACAUUACAAAGAAAGCUUCAAGUGAUUCUAUUAACUAAAAUCAAUAACAAUCAGUGUCCAACAAAGUGACCAAGAUGAACUAUGAGGCGGAAAGGGCAAUGAAUCAAAAGCGGUUGCGGAUGGAGGGUGAACCGGGACACGGCGUUGUCCAAGGAAAUGGAUUGCCGCUUAAUUAUAUUGAUAAUGGGCACCAAAUACCUUAUCAGCCGUAUGCCGGUGCGUACAAUACGCAUUAUCCGCCGCCAGAAGCGUUUGCAGCGUACGGCCCUCCGCCCCCAGGGGGCUAUGCUCCUCAAAACUUGUCGUACGCGCCACCAGCACACCAGAAUUAUGCGCAUCAUCAGAGUUUCCCGCCACAACAACCUACACAGGCUCAAAUUCAUAUGGCUCAAUCACACAUGGUCCAAGGCUAUGGUGCUGAUGUUGGUGUACACAAACCAACAUGGCCACCUCAGCCGCACCUCCUGCCGCCACUCGAUACCCAAAAGCCACUUGAUAUCAAACACCUUAAGCCAGAAAUCAAAUUGGAACCAUCAGACAUACAGAAACGACCGCACCCUGAAGCCGAAAUGAUGGCGAGUGACUUGGAUCAGCCAAAAAUUAAGAUCAAGACAGAUAUAUUUAAGCCAGAUGACCUGGCACACAGACCUGAAAUUGAUAAACCUCGAGAUGCGACAAUAAAACCACUUGAUAUCGGCAAAUCACUAGAGUCAUCUAAAGAAGAUCUCCAAACGGGCCGACUAGACGUUGAUAAACCAAUAGAAUCAGGAAAGCCGGAUGUUCUAUCAGAAAUAUCGAAAGACAUAAUACGUCCCAACGAUUCACUUUCUUCAGUAACACCUUCAGAUAAAAGUGAAGAGGACAGGAAACCGUUCAGCAGUCCAGACAGCGCGAAGUCCGGUAUGACUCCCGGGAAAAUGACACCCGGCCUCGAGCCCAAGAAGCGCGGGCGGCCCAAGGGCUCGACCAACAAGCCGAAGGCGGCGCCGCCGUCGGCGCCCCCCCCGCGCGGGCCGGCGCCCCCCCCGCGCCCCGCCGCCGUGGGCCGCCCCCGCGCGCCGGGCUACCAGUACGCCAUCCGGCCCUUCCGCAAGGACUUCUCGGGCAUCCAGUUCCGCAGGCGCUGGAGCGACGACUGCCUGGACUCGUCGCACAUCCCCAACGAGGUGUACUUCGGCGACGUGCCCGUGCCGCUGUCCGUGCUGCACAACUACUACGACGCCAACGCCGAGCGCGAGCGGCUGGCGCUGCAGGCGGCGCAGCUGGCGGCGCAGAAGGCGGCGGCGGCCAAGCUGGUGGCGGCGCGGCAGCAGGCGCGCGCGCCGCCCGGGGAGGUCACCACCGUGGACUCGUCCUCCAGCGACGACGACGACGACGACGACGACAGCGCCGACGACGACAGCGACGACGACAUGCCGCUGAAGCGCGGUCCGGGUCGGCCGAAGGGCUCCAAGAAUAGCAGUCCGCGUCCGGCCGGAUCCGGCACGGGCACGGGUCGUCGCGGCCGGCCGCCCGUGCCGCCGGAGCUGCGUCAGCCCGGCAUCACGGACAUGAGGAAGUUUUGCAAAGCCGCCGGGAUACGCUUCGACUACAAGAAGCUCGUCGACGGUUGCACAAAGAAUAAGGAGCGCGUAGCGAAAAUGUUAGAGCUGCUAGUGAACGCCGGGCUCGAGGGAAAACCGACGAUAGAGAAGUGCAAGGCGCUGAAACAAGCCAAAAUGGAUAAGAAGGAGCAGGAGAAGAUGGCGAAGAAGGAGGCCCGGGCCAAGCACAAAGACGUGGACGCGGAGGCGGGCGGCGCGGGCGAGGCGCGGCGGCUGACGCGCGGCGCCACGGGCAGCAAGCCGCGCCAGCGCAUCGUCAUCUCGUCCGACGAGGAGGACGGCACGCCGGCCGCGCGCCGCACGCUGUCCAAGCUGCGCUCCAGCGUCAACGACGACUCCGACUCCGACUAGCCGCCGCGCCUAGAAAGUGCUUCGACGGGCGCGCGGCCGGUCGCCGCUUCGAUUCCUACUAAUUUUAGGUCCUCGUCAAAAUUUAUAAAAAAAAACAUAAGUAAUGAAAAACUUAUUUAAAAAUGAGAGUAGUUCUAAAGGCCAGGUCUAGACUUUUUAGAUGCGUUGUAUUAAUGUCUUGUCAAUACAGAAGUAUAGUUUUGUAUUUAUUGAGUAGGCUAGUUAUUAUCAGAAAAAACAUAGCGGUUUAUUCCAUUUCAUUAUAAAUUGUACGACUAGUGAGUGAAUUCGAAAUGAUAAAAAUACGUUAAACGUGAAAGAAACUUCCAGUUCUCGUCCUGUAUACAUACAUACACCCAUACACACGAUACUUCGCGAUUUCACCUGCAUUAAAUCUACACUAUAGAAGCUUAUUAAUUGAAACUCGAACAAAUAUCGUAUUAAAAUUACUAGUACAGUUUGCCAAAGUAGUUGACAUUUAUUUGUAACAGACUCCAACCUUCCUCAAUAAACAGGGCUAUGAAUUUCCUAGAUAGUUCCUGAUGUUUGUUCCAGACACAAAAGUUGUCCAGUUUUUAUAAUAUUAGCGAUUUUAUAUAUUAAUGAAACGAUACACUGAAUUAUAUUUAGUGUUAUAAAAUUAAUUUUUAAUGUUCUAUUUGGUAAAAUUUUGUACAACUUGUAAUGAAACGGAUAUUAGAUGUUUAUAUAAUUGAAUUUUUGCAAUAGAUAUCAUAUUAUAUGCAAUCGAUUGAAACUGAAUAUAUAUCAUUAUGUAGAUAUUUAGACUGAUUUCAAAGCAAAUUGUUCUUUAACGCAGGUUGUUUACGUGAUCAGAUUAUCGGGCAGCUUCGUGUCAUGUUUUUUGACAUUUAUAUUUUACUUAUACAUAGAUAAUAUAUAAAGGUAUUUAGUUAUAAUGUUCAAAUUGUGUUUCAUAAAUCAUUCAAAGUCAAUCCAUUUGUUCAUUUGAUUUAAUUUUAUAUGUAAUUUGAAAUAACAUUAAUGUAUGUAGAAGAUAUAUAGGGGGAUUACAUUUAAUCGACCCCAUUACACUGACCGUCCACUGGAUAUGCAAUGCUAUGCACAAAUGUCGCUCAAAUAUCGAUUAAUCCAAUAUUUUUGUCAUAAUCGUAGAAGCUUUUGUAAAAUAACAUUUUAAAUACAAAAUUUGUUAUGUUAAAAAUUGAUAUACAACAAAAGUAUAAAGAAUAAGUAACUGUACAGUUUUAUAGAAAACACUGGAUAUUUCAUUUUAAUACUAAAUUAAAUUAACCUUUUCAUGCAAUGAAAAAUCUUGGGAGUAAAAGAAAUUAAUAUUUGAAUUAAAAAAAAAUUCUAUAAAUGUUUCCCGUUGAUGAAAGCUAAUCAAAACGAUAAAUGCUGUUCUUGAAUGGAUAACUUAAAAACAUAUAUUAUAUAUAAUUUUCAUAUAUCUAAGUAAAAUAUAUGACAUAUAAGUUUUGUAUGUUAUUUUUUAUAACGUUUAUUCGUGCGAAAUACGCACAGAUUAUAUUAAGACGAUAAUAAACUUAGAUAAGGCAGCCAAUUUUAUUAAAAAAAAAAAAAACUGUCAAAUCUAUAUUAGAUUUAAAGAUAAUUUAGUGACCCGAAAGAACAAGGGAAAGAGAGCGAUGUUGUUUACAAGACGCGUGCGAGCGAGACGCAUUGAACGUGCCCAGAGUACGGUCAGUGUUCGUCAAAGUAGUGAUAUCGAACGACGAAUGAACUGUAGGACAAAAACCCUCGCUCAUUUUUAUAUCUAGUUGUAGUUAUUGCUUUCGAAGGCACACGGCAAUGUUCAUUUGUGCCUGUAAUACAAUAACGUUUAAAUGUAACUCGGUAAGUGUGUGGUUAUAUAUUAUUUUCGAUUAUCAUUUAAUAGCGGAAUAUAUGUUGUAUUUUGAGUGAAAAAUUUUAUACUCUAGAUUAUAAUUGAGAGUAAUAUUAGUGGAUAUAAAACGGUAACACCAAGACGUUAAUAUUAGUUACUCUAGAAUCUAGAUAUUGUAAAUAUUAUAACUAAAAAGAAAGGUACUCAAUAAGUGAUGUGCGUAUUGUCCUUUAUUUUUGUACAGGAACGUGAAUGAAUUGAAACGCUCGGCUUUGUAAAUAUGUGCUCGUAAUGAGUGAAUGAUAUAUUGAAUGGUUGAAAAGUAUCAUUUUUAUAUAAGAGACGUUCAGAGAUUGUUUGCGAAUUGAUUCCUUUCAUUAAUUUAACGAUUCCAAAUGCCACAUUAACAAUGCUUUUUAUAAUCUAAUUGUGAUAACUGAGUGGAAUCUCAAUGGCGGUCCAUAAACGACGAUUUAAAAUAUAAAUAUAUUUGCAAUACUAACUUUAAAAAAAAAAUACUUAAAAAUAUUUUGAAAAUCGAAAACCACGUUUUUGGUACGUUAUAGUACUUUUUUAUAUUUUUGGACAAAAGAAAAAAAAAAUCAAAUGAAAGCUUUAUUUGCUUAUUUUGACUAAAUAGUUUGAUUUAUAUUGAAAUUUUUAUGUGUGACCGAUAAUUUCGAAAAUUGAUAUAAUAUUAAUCAGACAAACAAUUACUAAACGUGCAUUUAUUAAGGAUUAUAAUUUGUCAUAAAGUUAUAUCGCGCGUGCGCACACUAACAUAUAAAUAUUUAUUUUUUAGCAGCUAUCUAUAAAAAUUGAUUGACAGUUGCUUGCAAUUAAUUUUUUUUUUUAUAGAGUUUAUAUGCUAUGUACGAUCGUGAAACAGUGAAAUGAGAUAGGCAUAGAAUCACAAUAUCAUAAAUAUAUGAGACAUUUUGUAAAUAUAAUUAAGAUUUAUAAUAUAAAUACUAUAUGUAAAUGUAAGAUAUUUAGACGUGUUUGAUUUACCAUACAUAGUGCGACCACUUUAACUUGGCCUGUCAUUGUGGAGUUAUCGAUAACUAUCAGGUGCCUUUUUAUAGUGGUCGGUUUAUAUUAGUCAACUAUAUAUUAUUAUUUCAAAUAUGAUAUUAGAGAAUAAGAAAAGAUGCUAUUCACCGA